AUGCCUUCUCAACCAUACGACAAAAGCAACCACGAGAUGCUCGGGGAAGGCGGCUACGACAGCAUGCACGAAUUCGUCCACUCCUACGGCUUGAAGUCCCAACCAAGCAAUUACGAAGAAGCAAGAGAUAGCCCGAAUGGUUUUCGUGAGAUUGGUCAGCACGCCUGGGAUGAGCAACAUGGCUACCAGAGUGAUGAGGACUGGGAUGAGUAUGAUGAACAAGAGUCAUGGGAAUAUCAGUAUUACGAGAAAGAGCUCGGGAGAAGCAUACUUCAGAGAAUUCUGAUGACGAAUAUGAACGUGAGUUCUCAGUGGGGGAAUAUGAAGAUGAACUAG